GAGCCCUCAACCAAUGGCAAGUCACAAAGGGUUGUCGUUUGCACGUUAAGGGGGCUACGCGAUGGGAGGCGCAUCGAAGUUCUUUUCCUGGAGCUGCGCAGUGGAGGUGCGCCGCUGCCGCUCACACACUUGGGGUCUGGUCGCAAGGCUGUAAAUCAACGCCAAUCAUUGUCUAGCAGUGGGACGAAGCACACGCGAACAUAGAACAUAGAUCAGUUUCCGCUCCCAGUCAGUCUGUGUUCUGAUACUAGAAGUGUUCGGUGAAGUUCUGUUUGGCUUCCAACAAGAGUUCAUAAGUUGGUAACCGACAACUGCUCCGAAGAAAGUUUCAGUCUCAGUGUUGCACGAUAACUGCGUAAUUUUUGAACACCUCUUGAUUCAAGUUGAAUAUUGGAAGGUGUGUUGUGCGAGAGCUCAUGAUCCUCCUCCCAAUAGUAGUGCUGUUCUGCACGCUCCACCCAUUAAUCAUGGUGACGUGAGAAACGCUUAAGUCUUAGUUGUCAGUUUGUGUCGGUGCAGCUCAGCAAUACGUUCAGCUGCGCUCGUGUUUUUGAAUUUAGGGCUUGUACAGUGAGUGACUAUUUUCUUUUGGUGUCUCAGUGCUCCCGACGACAAUUACCAUGAGUUCGGGAUCGUACAUCAUGAAUCCCGGGGCAUACGUGGACCCCAAAUUUCCACCCCCGGAAGACUCGUACCAAAACUCCUACAUGCCAUCAAACGCUGAUUAUUACAAUACAAGUGCCCACUAUGGGCACUAUUCACUGCCCCAAAGUCAGGUAAUGCCCUAUGGUCGUGAAAGUAUGCAAUACGGGCAUGGUGGAUACUACCAGCAACCAUGCAUCAUGCCCCAACAUCAGACCAUGGGUGCCCAUAUGAGCCCUCAGCUUGCUCAGUGUCCAAGUCCAAUCCAGCAGCAUAAUAUGAACCAGCGGUCACCCGUAGGCUCCCCCGACCCCAACAUCGGGUCCACUGGAGGAAUGAUGGGCAAUCAUCUCAUGGAAGGCUCGCCAUCUGAAGAAAAUAUCACCGAGUUAGAUGCUAAUGGACAACCAGUCAUUUAUCCAUGGAUGAAGAAAAUUCACAUAGCUGGAGUAGCGAAUGGCCAAUACCAGCCGGGGUGCGAGCCGAAGCGCCAAAGAACUGCAUACACGCGACAUCAAAUACUAGAACUAGAGAAAGAAUUCCACUUUAACCGCUACUUGACGAGGCGAAGGCGGAUAGAAAUAGCCCAUUCAUUGUGUCUUUCUGAAAGACAAAUCAAAAUAUGGUUUCAAAAUCGAAGAAUGAAAUGGAAAAAAGAUAAUAAGCUACCCAACACUAAGAACGUACGAAGAAAGACAAAUCCUGCCGGUGUUACCACAACGAUCACACCCAAAAACCAACAGAACAAUUCACAGAGCCAAAAUCCAUCUCAGGAUUUGAAUUCCCAGCAAAAUCCAGGGCAGCAAUCUCAACCUCAGUCGCAACAGGCGCCAUCCCAGCAACAGAUAUCUCAGCAACCGACCGGGGCGCCUUCAUCCCUGCUACAGCAGCAAUCUUCUGCACCUAAUCAGGCGACCAAUCAACCACCACCUCACUUGCAGACCCAUAACUCUUAUCACCCUCACUUGGGUGGCGGGCUCAUGUCCGCUGGUGACCUCGCUAGUAUUGCAGCACCUUACCCUCAUGGAGCCAUGAAGCCCGAUUACGGCUUAACGACCUUAUAAUGUAUAGGAUAUAAGCUUUGAAAUAGAGAUUUCCCUCCAAUUUGUCAUUUGAUUACAAAUUUUGAUUUAAAUAGAGAUUUCCCUCGAAUUUGUCAUUUUGAUUACGAAUUUUGAUUUAAAUAGAGAUUUUCCUCGAAUUUGUCAUUUUGAUUACGAAUUUUGAUUGAAAUAGAGAUUUCCCUCGAAUUUGUCAUUUGAUUGCAAAUUUUGAUUUAAAUAGAGAUUUCCCUCGAAUUUGUAAUCUUUAUUACAAAUUUUGGAUAAAAAUAGAAAUUUCCCUGGAAUUUGUCAUUUUGAUUACAAAUUUUGUUUUGAUUUGUUGUGUAAAAUGCGAAUGUCAGCCUAUGGCACUAUAUGCGUGAUAUGAUAUUGACGACUCUACUCAAUUAUUAAAUAGUUUAAAUUUUUGCAAUUCCCAUGAGUUUGACGUCUCUGCUAAAUGUCGUCCUUAAAUCUUACUCAGGUAAAAUUGUUUCAGUAUUUUUAUAAUGUCGGAUAUAUGUUCUUUCUGGUAUAUUUACUAAGGAAUUUCUUCCGAGAAAAAUUCAUUCAUGAACAAUUACGAACCAUAUAAAAUUAAUUAAACCGA